CCUUAUCGAAAAUCGUUCAAAUUCACCGAGUAGAAAAACUAUAAAAGAUGAAAGAGUAUUUUUUAAGAGAUCAGUUUUGCCAAUAUGCGUUCCAAGAGAAUUCUCUUCUUUUUAUGUCUUGGAAGUUUGACGUCGAAGAUCUUUACAAACAGUUAUUAUCGUCAGUUGAAAUCAUGGACGAAUGAUUCGUUAGACACAUUUAUAAGUUCGGAACACGUGGAUCCAGCUGAACGAGCGAUUGAAAAUUUUUUAACAAAAUUAGCUGGUCCGAUAUCAAGACCGAUAACACUACGAAAAACUUCUAAUGAAAAAUAUGGCCUUCAACGAACGAUUUCUGAAAUUUGUCACGUGAUACGAAGAAAUUUAAUGAAUUUUGCUAAAACCUGUGAAUUAACGUCAACCGUUAAUCGAUAUAAACAAAAUUCGGCUAUUCAUAAUAUCAGAUCUAACGAUUGGUUCCCUGAAAUUUUACUUCGAGGUUCAUUAUUACUACACGAUUUAGGAGGAAUCACAGAAGAAGUAACGUCUUCCGUUGAUCGUUAUCUUUCUAGACACAAUUUUAAUUUACCUAAAAAUAAAGUGUACAAUGCAAAGAAGAAUCCCCGAUUUUUAGGAACGAUCGAUGAUCUUUCAGAGUUCAGCGAUCGAUUAUGGGAGUGCACGAAAUCGAAAACAAGAAAUAAUCGAAACACAAUUUCUAUUCUCAGUGAAGCUUUUGCUAACUUGGCAAAGGAUUCACCUGAACAUAUUCUGAGAGUUUAUAAAUCUCGUUUGGACGUUGCUUUAGCAAACGAUUCAUUGAAUAAUAAUGGUUCAUCACUCGGUCAACUAAAUGUUCUCUUUUGUAAUCUUAUUUCCAAUAAUUCUAGUCAUUUAAAUCAUAAAUGUAUCACGGAAUUCAAACGUCUUAGUGAGUGUAUGUUUACUCAAAAACAUAAUCCUACAAAGCAUUCGCACGAUAGGAUUAAUAAUCAUAAGAGUUUCCUAAGAAAUCAUUGGCUAAGUGGAAUCGAAGAUAUAAGUAAUUGUAUCGCCGUGUUCGAUGACGAUGGAAAUGCGAAUGUGAGGUGUAAAACGAGACGAAGAAUACCGGAAGAUCCUGGUCAUCGAAUAAAAUAUAUUUACGAGAGUCUAUUAGAACAAAAAUUAUCAAGAAAAUCACCUUUAUAUCGAGUUGCGAAUGAUCUAGGUAAUGUUCUUUCGAUGACACCUUGGGGUAGGCAACUCAUCGAAGAUACAUGUUACUAUCUUUCGAUUUAUCAAGAUGGAGUCAAGAAAAUCAACAGAUUGUCGAAAUUUCAAAAUAAAAAUAAAAGAGCAACUGCAAAAUAUAAGAAAGUGUCUAAAUCUUUGGAAUUAUAUAAAAGAGGUUUACUUUUAAAAACAUUGGAAGCAAUUGAUAAUAUUCAUCGUACGACGAUCGAAUUCGAGAAGAUCAUUGUGAGCGGAAUUAAAACGGCAAUGAACGAGAAUUGGUACUGUCAUCUUCAAAUUUUCAACUGUGUUUCCGAUUGGAUGACAAAACUUUUUUUAUUCUACGAUUACGAAGAAGAAAAGAAAAACGAGACGAUAUUGACGACUACGUUGCAGCCUUCGUUGUCAAUAGAAUCGGAUGAGAAUUCCUAUGAAUUAUCUGAUGUAUUAUCUGACGAAGAAGAUGAUAGUGAAGAAGAAAAAACUGCUUUAAUUAUGACGAAAAAAGCGAUGAAGGAAGCUGCGGAUAAAUCUUUCGAAAAGUUAAUUCGAUCGAUGAAUCGUGUAAACGUCCGCACGGCGAACGAGAAAAGCAUCCUGGUUAAUCUCGCGAAUAAUUUAUUGCUAACAGCUAUGUUCAUGGAAACUAUCGGUUUCGUUUCUGUGUUGUUUUCUCUCGGGAAUGCUAAUAAAGAGGAAAUGAAUUCGUCCGAAAUAAGAGACGAAUGGCUACAAAAACACAAACAUAGAUCCUUGAUCUUCGAAAGAUAACCCACGAAAUUGAACCGAAGUGAUGCAGAAUGAAGAUAUAUCAU